GGCAGCCCGCUAAGUCUUCGUUCCACGCAUGUGAGCUACACGCCCUCUCACUUGACGAAUGAGGAGGGAUUAGUGUGUAUCCUUAGAUUAUUAAAUCAUAUUAAACAAGCAAGUUGAUAUUUUCAAAGUCUACAUAAUCACCAUUGUCAUUGGAUUUGAACCAAAGAAAAACCUUCAGCUUUUUGGCAUCUUCUACGGUCGACGACGAUGCCUAGGUUACGACGGAAUCUGUGUCUAGUACUCGCUGUCUUGUUUUUGUGUAUUCACGGUUUGGUUCACGUGGUCCGAGCUCAGAACCGAGCCACAACUCAUCCCGAUGAAGCGCGUGCUUUGAACUCCAUUUUCGCGACUUGGAAGAUCAAAGCACCGAAUAAUGAAUGGAACAUCAGCGGCGAGCUUUGCUCCGGCGCCGCCAUAAACGCCGGCGUCUCCGUCGAUAACGGUGCUUACAACCCUAUAAUCAAAUGCGCGUGUACAUUCGCCAACUCCACCAUCUGUCGCAUUACCGCACUGAAGGUUUAUGCGUUAGAUGUUGCAGGAACUAUACCUGAUGAGCUCUGGACUCUUGAAUACCUCACUAAUCUGAACUUGGGUCAAAACCUUCUGACAGGACCCUUGUCUCCUGCAAUUGGGAACCUGACUCGAAUGGAAUGGAUGACAUUUGGGAUCAAUGCGUUGUCUGGCCCUGUUCCCAAGGAGAUUGGGUUGCUUACAAAUCUGAAAUUACUUAGCAUUAGUUCAAAUAACUUCUCUGGUUCUAUGCCAGCUGAGAUUGGGAGUUGUACAAAGCUACAGCAAAUCUACAUAGAUAGUUCUGGGCUUAACGGGGAGAUACCUUUAUCAUUUGCUAAUCUUGUGGAUAUGCAACAAGCUUGGAUGAUGGAUCUGGAAUUUACAGGUCGGAUACCAGACUUUAUAGGAAACUGGACCAAACUUACUACCCUGAGAAUUGUUGGAACUGGUUUGAGUGGUCCGAUACCGUCGUCAUUUUCCAACUUAACAUCUUUGACAGAACUGAGGCUAGGUGAUAUAUCCAAUGGAAGCUCUACUCUCGAUUUCAUCAAAGACAUGAAAUCUCUAAGUACAUUAGUACUGAGGAACAACAAUCUCACGGGGGAAAUACCAUCUGAUAUUGGAGAGUACUCAAGCCUGCAACAAGUUGAUUUAAGCUUCAACAAACUACAUGGACCAAUACCGUCUUCACUUUUCAAAUUAACUCGACUUACUCACUUGUUUCUAGGAAACAACACGUUGAAUGGUUCCUUACCCACUCAAAAGAGUCAGUCUUUGAGCAAUAUAGAUGUGUCGUACAAUAAUUUGUCUGGAAGUCUUCCUUCGUGGGUCAGCUUACCAAACUCGAAAUUUAACCUAGUUGCUAACAGCUUCAUACUGGAAGGUCUUGACAACAGGGUUUUAUCAGGACUGAACUGUCUGCAGAAGAACUUCCCUUGCAAUCGAGGGAAAGGAAUCUAUUACAACUUCUCAAUCAACUGUGGAGGGCCGGAUAAAAGUUCUGUUAACGGGCCACUAUAUGAGAAAGAUGACGCAGAUCUUGGACCAGCUUCGUUUUUCGUGAAUGCUGCUAGGAGAUGGGCAGCUAGUAGCAUAGGUCUCUUUGCCGGAAGUAGCAGUAAUGUAUAUCUAUCCUCUUCAGCAUCACAAUUUACCAACACUUCAGACUCGGAGCUUUUUCAGUCAGCAAGACUUUCUGCAUCUUCCCUAAGAUAUUAUGGCCUGGGGCUCGAGAAUGGAGGCUAUACCGUAAGACUUCAAUUUGCUGAAAUACAAAUGACAGAAUCUGCUAACUCUUGGAUUGGGCUUGGAAGACGACGAUUUGACAUUUAUGUCCAGGGAAGGCUUGUGGAAAAGGAUUUCGAUGUACGCGGAACAGCUGGUGGCUCUACUAAUAGGGCAGUUGAUAGAGAAUAUAAAGCAAAUGUAUCAGAAAAUUACCUCGAAGUUCAUCUUUUCUGGGCUGGAAAGGGAACAUGUUGUAUUCCUAUUCAGGGGGCUUAUGGGCCAAUAAUAUCGGCAGUCAGUGCAGUGCCAGAUUUUAUACCGACUGUUGAUAAUAAGCCACCAUCAAAGGGAAAGAACAAGACUGGUAUUAUUGUCGGUGUCAUUGUUGGGUUAGGACUUUUGAGCAUCCUUGUGGGUGUUGUUAUCUUCAUCAUACGAAAAAGAAGAAAGCCGUACACCGAUGAUGAAGAGCUACUUGGUAUGGAAAUAAAGCCUUACACAUUUACUUACUCGGAACUUAAAAGUGCAACUCAAGAUUUCAAUCUCUCAAACAAGCUUGGAGAGGGUGGAUUUGGGCCUGUUUAUAAGGGAAACCUCAAAGAUGGAAGAGAGGUAGCUGUGAAGCUGUUGUCGGUUGGAUCCAGGCAAGGGAAAGGACAGUUCGUUGCAGAAAUCGUAACGAUUUCUACAGUUCUACAUCGCAACCUAGUAACACUUUACGGCUGCUGCUUUGAAGGAGAUCACCGUUUGCUCGUAUAUGAAUAUCUUCCUAAUGGAAGUCUCGAUCAGGCACUAUUUGGGGAUAAGAGUAUACAUCUUGAUUGGUCAACCCGUUUCGAGAUAUGUUUGGGAGUAGCCAGAGGUCUAGUCUAUCUCCACGAGGAGGCGAGGGUUCGCAUAGUACACAGGGAUGUGAAGGCCAGCAACAUUUUGCUCGACUCCGAACUGGUCCCAAAAGUUUCUGAUUUUGGGCUGGCGAAACUAUACCACGACAAGAAAACUCACAUAAGUACCGGAGUUGCAGGGACCAUUGGAUAUCUUGCGCCAGAGUAUGCAAUGCGUGGACAUCUAACAGAGAAAACAGAUGUGUAUGCCUUUGGUGUUGUGGCUCUUGAGCUAGUUAGUGGAAGGCCCAACGCUGAUGAGAUGUUAGAGGAUGAUAAGAAGUAUCUUCUUGAAUGGACAUGGAAUCUACACGAGAAAGGCCGUGAAGUCGAACUAAUAGAUGAUAGGCUGAGUGAAUUCAACGUGAAAGAAGUGAAACGAGUGAUUGGCGUUGCUCUGCUCUGCACACAAGCAUCUCAUUCCUUGAGACCACCAAUGUCACGAGUAGUGGCUAUGUUGUCCGGAGAUGUUGAGGUCAGUGAUGUAACUACUAAGCCAGGCUACUUAACCGACUGGAGAUACGAUGACAUCACGACUUCCUCUGUCAGUGGUUUUCAAACCAAAGAGACGGACACUUCUGGCUCUAAUAAAUCACCCGGAAAGACAGAUUCUCUUCCAAUGCUUGGAGCAAAGAUCAAUGUUGGAAGAUGACAAUAUCUUCUCUGAAGGACAUAGUGAUGUUUCUAUACGGGUGAUCACUAUCUUCUGCUUUGAUUAAAAGAACCGAUUUCAUUUUUUGAUUGAAUAAACAUUUUAGCUCUACGUUUUUUUCUAGUGUGUCAUUUUUGUUGUGGUGAUUGGUGAAGUUGUAUAUUUUGUUCCAUGGGAUGGGCCAUUAAAAGAAAGAGUUUAUAUUUGA